AUGGUCUCCAAGAUUCCCAACGAUAUCUUUCAGUUUAGCACUGCAAGCGCCUUGAUGGCCGGUCUCGCCCACAACGGCCCUUCCUGCGGCCAACUCCCCGGCUACGGCACCCACGGCAUCGGCACUUUUUCUCGCAUGAACGGCGAACUCCUCUUCCUAGACGGCAAACCCUGGCAAAUGCUUCCCUCUGGGAAAGUGCAGCCCGCCUCUCCUCACACCUCUAUCCCUUUUGUGCAAGUCACAAACUUUCAACCUGAGUUUCAGACCAAAGCGCCAGGACUCAAGAAGGAGGUACUGGUGGAUUUGUUUGAGAAGAAUGGACCUGGAGCCGGUGGAAAGAAUUCCUUUGUGCCGUUUUUGGUAAAGGGCAAGUUUAAAUCGCUGCAUUUGAGGAUUGCAGGGCCUCAAGAACAUGAGGGUCAGGAUCUUGCUGAAGUGGCAGCUAAAGCUAAGAAGUGGAGUGUGCAAGAUGUCAAGGGAACCAUGUUUGGCAUUGCUAGUCCGGAGUGGAUGGCAGGUGUUAGUGUGGCGGGUGUGCAUUGCCAUUUCAUGACUGAACCUGAGCAAGGCAAGGAUGCAGAGGGUGGACAUGUGUUGGACUUUGAGACUGGAGAUGAGGCUGUGUUGCAGUGGGCGGUCACGGGAAGGUAUCAUUUGGGCUUUCCUAGGGAUGAGGAGUGGGAGAAUUUGGAUCUGAAGGCUGAUGCUGCUGGGCUCAGCAAGGCUGAGGGAUGA